GAAAAAAUUGGCAUCUUAGACAUCACAAGUUGAUAUGUUUUAACACCAAAAUCGUACAAAAUGGCACUGUUUUUUAACAUUAUUGUAAUAGCAUUGUGUUGUGGCUCGUGUUUGGGGCGAAUACACAAAUUAGACAUCACAAAUGAUGCACGAAAGUACAUUGCGUUAAGCACAUUUGGGUUUUACCAAGGCGGGGUCCUGGAUGUUCAGCUGAAAAAUUUCAGAGCUUCGCCUGAAAAUGAUUCAGCAGUGUUUGGAUUUAGUUUAGACCGUACAAUAAACGAUGCAAUGAACCCGUACCUAGGUAGUCACCAAGAACAUUGUAUUUUGCAAGAGCCUGUUAACACUGCGAGCGACGUGGCCAUAAUUUACUUUAUCCUCGAUCUUAAAAGCAAAAAACUUAAAAUUAAAUGUGAGGACCAACAACUUGUACAUAUUUACAAAAAUAAGAAUGAGGUUCCCUCUGUGUUAUCAGCACAUCGACAAAAACGGCAAGACGUGUCUGACCACUGCAGUAACUUAGACUUUGACAUAACUGCAGAAGUUAUUAGAGGACGGACUUACUACAAUGCUAGUUUCACUCUGUACGUUGCAUCAGUGAACGAAGAAGGACUGUACAACUUAUACUUCCACAGCUGUCCGAACUACCAACCCGGAACCGAAGUCUCUGUCGACUUCACAAUCGAAAUAGUCGAGCAAAACAUGAGCAGCUUUCUGUCCGCUGGCGAAAUGCCACUCCCAGCCUUAUACUCAAUGAUGGCAAUUUUGUUCCUCCUCUCCGGCAUGUUUUGGGUGUUUUUGUUGCGCCAAUCCCGUCACAUUGUCUUUAAAAUCCACUACAUGAUGGCAGUCCUUGUUUUCCUCAAAGCAAUUUCCCUAGCUUUCCACGGGGUUAACUACCACUACAUUGAACGUCUCGGUGUGCAUUUGGCCACCUGGGCUGUACUUUUCUACGUGGCGCAUUUGUUAAAAGGCGCGCUACUUUUCAUAGUUUUGGUGUUAAUUGGCACAGGUUGGACUUUUAUCAAACAUGUGCUGGCUCCGCGUGAUAAGCGGCUUUUUAUGGCCGUUAUCCCGCUCCAGGUUUUGGCAAAUGUGGCUGAAAUUAUCCUGGAGGAGAGUGAGGAAGGGGCUCGGGAACACGUCGCCUGGAGGAAUGUUUUUAUUUUGGUGGAUUUGUUGUGCUGUGGUUGUAUUUUAUUUCCGGUGGUUUGGUCGAUUCGUCAUUUGCAAGAAGCGUCUCAGACUGAUGGGAAAGCAGCAAUGAAUUUAAGGAAGUUGAAACUGUUCAAACAUUUUUAUUUGAUGAUCGUUUGUUACAUUUAUUCCACUCGGAUGAUUGUCUAUCUGCUUAAAAUAACAGUGCCGUUUCAAUACGGCUGGUUGGAUGAAAUGUUUAGGGAAAUGGCAACGUAUGUCUUUUUUGUCCUAACUGCUUACAAGUUCCGACCAGCGGCUCAUAAUCCAUAUUUUGCGCUGAGUGACGACGAAGAUGACGAUGAAAUGGACAAAGUACUUACUGAGUCAGGAGCGACUGAAGGCUUAAGUAGAGUUAAUUCCCGCGUUACCAAAGUGCCACUACACUCCACUUUGACCGAAGUGACAGAAGAAGAAAAAGACGCAUUGUUGGGACAACCAGAAAGUAGCCACGAGUACGAUUAAGAGGGAUUACAAGAGCUUGAUUAAUUUUCUUUGUCCUACUGUGAUAGUGUUUCAGCUUGUCAUUUUUACGCACUUCAUUAGAUGCUGGAGCCAAAUGAUGCAUUUCUUAUUUAUUCCUCUAUUAUCCUAGAUGUAACUAACUUAAUAAAUUUGAAAAUUGUUAUAA